AUGGUUCUCUAUUCUGCAUUCAAGUGGAUUCAAACAACUGUUUCGGGUUUGUUCAGGCCAGUUGAGAGGCAGUACCAUGUUCGAGCACUACUCGGAGCAUCCUCGAUGAGCGAGCACUGUCCGAUGGUGGUCGAUUUCAUGGCACUGCACGAGCUACUUCGGCCCCAAUCACAGGACUUGGAGUGGUUCUGCAACUUCUCCAUCAAAUACACUCUGGAAAGCGGGUCUUCACUGAUGGAUAAUCCUGCAUUUGGUGGCAUCCUCACUGAAGCUCCUGCAUUCGAGACCUCACUUAGUUGCCGGGACAAGCUCGUCGAGAUGGAAGAAACAGAAUUCUACAUGAGUUUGUUGUCCGCCGCCAGCAAAUUACCCGCGGACGAUGUCCUCGUGAUAGCCCUUAUAGGGGUGAAUGUUCCUAGUGAAGGCGCCUUCGAAAUCCUCCCUGGCGAUCCCGAUCUUCGCUGUGGUGCCGAAAAUGUAGAAGAAUGUGUUCGAGAGGCCAAGUGCACCGUAGUGCUCAUCAAUACUGCCUGUGAUCCUGAAUUCUGGAAAAGUCCCCGCUGGACACUCGUAACGACUGCCGACUCGCUUUCUGGAACGUCUCCCAAGGAUAACGCGGGUCAAGAGGGCGUCUUCGCCAAAGCCCUCCGCGCUAAGCACGUGUAUGAGAAUGCGUGCCAUACAUCAUCUUCCCAUGACUGUGGGAUACCCGGAGGCUUUGCAUCCGCACACAACAAUGGGUUUAGAUUGGACGAAGAUGGAAAGCAGGGGAUUGCUGGUUAUCCUACUUGUGCUCUCACCAACAUCUUUUCUCGGUUCGGAGGGUGCAGGGACACAUCGGGGUCUCGUUUUCCACUCACUGGAUUGGACUCCUGUUCCCUCUCCUCGUUCGCAGCUCUGUCACACCCUGGUCGCCUCUUAUGCUGCAUCUCACCCUCGCAGCGCACCAAGAUGUAUCCCUCCCCACCUCCGAGUCCGCCUUCGUACAUACCUCUAACACGGGCGGAGGAAGACGAGCUGCUCAAGUUGUGCAAGCAGUAUCGCUUAACGGAGAAGAACGUCUCGUGGUCCGCUUCCGAGGAGGAUGUGUCCAUGUAUAGUGACAUGUACAACCAGUCGAAGCUCCCGGAUCCGUACAAGGAUGACCUCUUUAGGACCCUGCGGGAUCGUGCUCGGCAGAAUGACCGUGCUUUUGGCAUCGCGGUGGCGUUGGGGUGGACUGAUGGUGCAGACAAGCUGGGUCGGCCAAUUGUGCUGGCAAGGGCUGACAUAUCACAGACGGAGAUGCUGGAAUUAUGCGAGCAAGCGGAGGAAAGUGGGUGUUGUGUGUCGAUCCUAAAGACCAGGAGAAAGUAUGAUACUGCCUGGCUGCAGGCGGCAUAUUGGCUCGCGAAGGUUUGGGAUAUGUCUGGGAAACCACUUCUAGCACACGAAGAUUGGGGAAGAGCAGCCUUGAUGUGA